AAUUUUCUAAAUUCAAAAUGUGGAAGAGAAUAAAAGCUUGUUUUUCUUGCUGUCGCAAGAAUAAAAACAAGACAGAAUCAAGAAAAUCUACAGAUCUGAAUGAAGUUACUGUGGAAAUAGUGGAAACUGGUACUAACAUCAACCAGGAAGAAAGAUCACCGGUAGAAGACCUGAGCAAUACUAUCAGCCAGGUGGAGCUGGAGGAGAGUGAAAAGGAGUCAUCAUUGGAAACUGGCAGCGACAUUAGCCAGAAAGAAUGCCCAGAAGAAGACCAUCUGGGCAUUGACCUCAACCAGCAGGAGGUUGAGGAGUCAUCAUUGGAAGCUGGCAGCAACAUUAGCCAGAAAGAAAGCCCAGAAGAAGACCAUCUGGACAUUGACCUCAACCAGCAGGAGGUUGAGGAGUCGUCAUUGGAAACUGGCAGCAACAUUAGCCAGAAAGAAAGCCCAGAAGAAGACCAUCUGGGCAUUGACCUCAACCAGCAGGAGGUUGAGGAGUCAUCAUUGGAAACUGGCAGCGACAUCAGCCAGAAAGAAAGCCCAGAAGAAGACCAUCUGGGCAGAAACCUCAGCCAGCAAAAGGUUGAGGAGUCAUCAUUGGAAACUGGCAGCGAUAUUAGCCAGAAAGCAUGUCCAGAAGAAGACCAUCUGGACAUAGACCUCAACCAGCAGGAGGUUGAGGAGUCAUCAUUGGAAACUGGCAACAACAUUAGCCAGAAAGAAAGCCCAGAAGAAGACCAUCUGGGCAGAAACCUCAGCCAGCAAAAGGUUGAGAAUGAAAUACAACUCCGCCCCUGCUAUACCGGGCGCUCUUUUGGUGCAUGCUAUUACCAGGCCUCUGUAAGGAGCAUGCAUCAUCAAGAACAAUGGGUGUCACCAACUAAAACUGGCAACUUCAUCGACCAGGAAUGCCCUGAAGAAGAAUUUCUGGGCAGUUACCUCUGUAAGAAAGAUUAUAAGGACGAUUAUGAGGAUGAUUAUGAUGAAGAGUAUGAGGCAGAGUAUGGUGACGACUAUGAUGAAGAUCAGGAGGAGAGUUUUGAGAAUGAAAUGGGUGCUGGCCACAGCCAGUAUUCACAGGCCUCUAAAAAGACCUUCCAGCGUCAAAGAGGUAAGGAAAAUUGCUCAUUUUCAUUAUAGCUCACUAAAUGGAGAGAAACCUACAAAACUGAGAUAGAAGAAAAUGUUAUUAUAGAUAUAGUCAACCUUUAAAUUAACAGAAAAAGGCAUGUGACUUAAAACAUGACAUUGAUAAAAUUAUAAAUGCAAAUGAAUUUCAGAAUUCUUCUACACAAACCUACUACUAUAUGUCUAACACUGAACUGUCUUUCCCUAGGCUGGAGGUAUUAAAACACUGAGGCUGGAGAUAUAAAAGAAGAAUUCAACCUGUAAUAAAAAAACCCUACCAGUUUUUUUAUUACAGGUUGAAUUCUCCUUUAAAGAACUGAGGCAACCAUCGGGGGGAGGGACGGGGGCACAAGGGCCCAUUUGUCAUCUUUGGGCCCCAAUAUAACAUCAUGGUCCCCGAUGGUAGCCUACAAGAAAGAAACAGAAGAUCACAACAUCUAUUCUUUUGAAAUGAUGAAUAAACCUUUUAUCAUUAA